AUGGCCUUUGCUCCCAUGGGGCCUGAGACCUCAUUUUUCGUGGUUUUGGACCAGCACAGGGCUUCCCUGCUGGCCUCCCUGACGACAGGAGGCGGGAAGCCCGAGGGCGGGGACGUGCGCCUGGCCUCUAGUUCUGAGGUUCUUGCAUCUAUAGAGAAUGUUAUCCAAGACAUCGUCGUGAGCUUGGCAAGAAAUGAAGCACCUGUAUUCACAAUAGACAACAGAACCAGCUGGGAGAAUAUAAAGUUUGAAGAUUCUGUGGGUCUUCAGAUGGCAUCUCAUUGCACCACGAGAAAGAUCAAAAGUGAUUCACCAAAAUCAGUUAAAAAUUUUGCUCUAAUUCUUAAAAUAUUGUCCAUGAUUCAUAAAUUAGUACAGAGCAACACUUAUGCAACCAAAAGAGACAUAUAUUACACUGACAGCCAACUCUUUGGUAGCCAGACGGUUGUGGACAAUAUUAUCAAUGACAUUUCUUGUAUGUUAAAAGUGCCAAGGAGGAGUCUACAUAUAUUAUCUACAUCAAAAGGUUUAAUUGCUGGCAAUUUACGGUAUAUCGAGGAAGAUGGAACCAAAGUGCAUUGUACCUGUGGUACAACUGCUGUUGCUGUGCCGUCUAAUAUUCAAGGAAUUCGGAAUUUAGUUACAGAUGCGAAAUUUCUAUUAAUUGUAGAAAAAGAUGCAACAUUUCAGCGACUCCUAGAUGACAACUUUUGCAAUAAAAUGUCUCCGUGCAUCAUGGUUACGGGAAAAGGAGUACCUGAUCUGAACACAAGACUUUUAGUCAAGAAGUUGUGGGAUACAUUUCACAUUCCUAUAUUCACUCUUGUAGAUGCUGAUCCACAUGGUAUAGAAAUAAUGUGCAUCUAUAAGUAUGGGUCUAUGGCCAUGUCUUUUGAAGCCCAUAAUCUCACAGUUCCAACUAUUAGAUGGCUUGGUCUCCUCCCUUCUGAUCUUAAAAGGUUAAAUAUACCUAAAGAAACUUUAAUUCCACUGACAAAACAGGACCAGAUGAAACUCAACAGUAUCCUGAAAAGACCUUAUGUUACUUGCCAACCAUUUUGGAGAAAAGAAAUGGAAAUAAUGGCAGACUCUAAAAUGAAGGCAGAAAUUCAAGCUUUGACCUUCCUCUCAUCAGAUUAUCUUUCCAGAGUGUACUUACCUAACAAAUUAAAAUUUGGAGGAUGGAUAUAA